GCCAGCUGCCAGGGCGCCAAGACUUCACAGCCUGCCCUCUGUGCAGGGCCCGGAGUGGGGCCCCAAGGGGUCCCAGGCAGGGCCGAUGAGGACGCUACUGACCAUGCUGGUGGUGGGAUCCCUGGCCGCUCCCAUGGCUGAGGACGCAGCCCAUCUUCUUCAACACGUGAAAUUCCAGUCCAUCAACUUCGAAAACAUCCUGACGUGGGACAGCGGGCCGGGGAGCGCCGGCGACACCGUCUACAGCGUGGAGUAUAAGACGUACGGGCAGAGCCGGUGGCUGGCAAAGGCAGGCUGCCAGGGAAUCACUCGGAAAUCCUGCAACCUGACCCUGGAGACGGGCAACUUCACCGAGCCCUACUAUGCCAGGGUCACAGCCAUCAGCCCUGGAGGCCGGUCGGCCACCAAGAUGACCGACCGGUUCAACUCUCUGCAACACACUACCAUCAAACCACCUGAUGUGACCUGUGUCCCCAAAGUGAGAUCCAUUCAGAUGAUUGUCCAUCCCAGCCCCACGCCCAUCUACGCAGGAGACGGCCACCAGCUAACCCUGGAGGAGAUCUACGACCUGUUCUACCGCUUAGAGCUCCAGGUCAACCAGACCUACCACAUGCACCUUGGAGGGAAGCAGAGAGAAUACGAGUUCCUUGGCCUGACCCCCGACACGGAGUUCCUGGGGACCAUCACGAUUUUGGUUCCAACCUGGUCCAAGGAGAGCGCCCCCUACGUGUGCCGGGUGAAGACGCUGCCGGAUCGGACGUGGGCCUACUCCUUCUCAGGCGCCAUACUGUUCUCCAUGGGCUUCUUGGUGGCUGUGCUCUGCUACCUGAGCUACCGAUAUGUCACCAAGCUGCCUGUGCCUCCCAACUCCCUGAACGUCCAGCGCGUCCUGACGUUCCAGCCGCUGCGUUUCAUCCAGGAGCGCGUGCUGAUCCCCGUCUUUGAGCUCAGCGGGCCCAGCGGUCUGUCGCAGCCCGUCCAGUACUCCCAGGUGGUGGUCUCCGGGCCCAGGGAGCCCCCAGGAGCCGCACAGCUGCACGGCCCGCCCGAGAUCACCUACGUGGGGCAGCCAGACAUCUCCGUUCUCCAGCCCGCGAGCGCGACGGCUCACCAGACACUCUCCCCACCGUCCUACGCCCCAGAGGCCACCCCCGAGGUCAGGCCCCUGUCCUACGCUCCUCAGGUAGCCCCUGAAGCUAAAGCCCCACGCUACGCUCCGCAGGCCAUCUCUAAGGUCCAGCCUCCUGCCUGCACCCUGCAGACCACUCCAGACAACUUGUCUGCUUCCUACGGGGUGUGCAUGAACGGCGCUGGAAAAGACUCCCCCCCGGGGACACUCUUGAGUCCCAAGCACCCCAGGCCUGAAGGACAGCUCCAGAAAGAGGCUCCAGCUGGGAGCUGCCUCCCGGGUGACUUCGCUCUGCAGGGAGUGGCCUCCACGGCCCUGGAGGAGCCCCAAGGGGCAAAGACGUUCCACCAGCCUCUGGGGGUCUGCGCUGACGGAGGCCCUGACCUGAGUGGGGGGCCAGGGACACCAGAGUACCUAAGGGGCCAGCUCUCCCUCCUCUCCUCUGUCCAGAUCGAGGGCCACCCCGUGUCCCUCCCUUUGCACACUCCUACCCUCUCCUGCUCACCUUCAGAUCAGGGACCCAGUCCCUUUGGCCUGCUGGACUCCCUUGUGUGUCCCAAGGACGAGGGUCUGGUGUCCAGGGCUGAGGCCAGGAGCCCAGCCCCUGGGGCCUCAGAGCAGGACCUGCCCACCGAGCUGGGCUCGCUUUUUGAGGCGCUGGCCCUGACUGUGCAGUGGGAGCCCUGAGGGGAGCCGGCGGCUGGGAUUCCUUCCCUCCCCGCGCGCCGCCCCUCGGCCAUCGACCCCCACCCAGCCCUGCUGCACGCUCUGCAGCCGCCCAGGUGGGCGCCCUGGAAAGAACCAGAGGAGGCAGGGCCCCAUGGGAGCAGGAGACCAUGCUGAGGACGCCGGCCAGAGCAGCCCAGGGCGCAGAGAGGCGUCUGCUCCCCUGUGAUCGCCCAAGCGGGAGAGGGCCGCACCGAGUCUGGGUGGAACCGGAAUAACUUAUACUUCUGCCAAGAGCGGAGGCGGCACGGUGGCAAGACUACAGGGAAGGGCGCGGUCUGGGGUUCGGUCCCCCGGGCCCCCCACCCAGAACCGCACCAUGUCCUCUGCUUCAUGUCCUUUGCUGGAGGUUUUACCCCAGUGAACUGCAGGUCCAACUGGCAGGAAGCCUCAGGAACCUUUCCUGCAAGCAGGAGUUCCAUGCUCUGUCCUGAGAACAGGGUUUGAAAGGAACGUGGGGCCAUCUGGACCCUGAAGAGGACAUGAAGCAAGUGGUACUUACUUCUCAACUUUGGAGACUCAGCUUUGGGUUCAGCCCAUCCGGGUUCAAACUCCCGCCUCACCACUUAGUAGCAGGGUAACUUCAAGUUAACCAAUCAUUGCUCAACACCUCAGUUUCCUCAUCUGUAAAAUGGGGACACCACCACCUACCCACAGGGUUGUGGCGAGGACGUUGAUGUCUGCAGUAGUGCCUGGCAUGUGGACCGUGCCCAAUGAAUGGUAGCCAUCUCCUGUUGUGAUUUUUAAAACACCUGGUGGCACAAGAGUGACUCCCUCAGUUCAAGUUAGACUUCAGAUCACCUGGAAUUUUGUCAAGGGUUCAGAGGAUCCAGAUUGCCCCAGGGUUGCUCCAGGCCAGGCCAGAGGGCUGGACUCUCCAGAGUGGACCACGGGCGGCCUACAGGGCCUUCUGGAAACAGCCCAGAGACAAAAGCUGCAGAACCCUCUUCCUGAGGCUGCAGGCAGGUGGUUUCUGCAGCAGUAAAUUCCGAGGGCCUCCUCUGCACCCCGUUCCCGGUCUCCAACACGGCCCCCCAGAGCCCAGGCUGCUGGCCGUGGGCUCCUGGCCCUGCAGCAGCUCCCAGGAAGGGAGGGCACCGUCUGUGCUCCAGGAAGGUGCCAGGGCCUCGCUCAUCUCAGACACCCUUACGAUGAGGAAACCGAGGUCCAGAGAAGGGAAGGGACCCACGCAGGGUCCCCCGCCCAAGACCCCACUGUGGGGGCGCGACAGUCAGUGUCAAGGCUAGGGCUUUUUGCCUGCUCAGGAGAAGGAACUUCCAAACUUGUCUGGAUGCUUGGAGGAUGAAACUAAUGGGGUGUAGGGAAGGAAGGACCCGCUAAAGGGGUCCCAGAGGAAUAAGCAACCCCUGGCCACCCUCCUGCCCCAAACUUUAGGGAAAUAGGCCUAAGGUCCAGUUGCCCGGGUGUGACCCUUUCCAGGGUGCCCAGUGUCUCUGCCACCUUCUCUUCCUGUCCCUCUCCCUGCCUGGGACAAGGUGACAGACAGCAUUGUUCUUAUCUGUGUGAAAUUAAUAUUUAACAUCACUGCAGAGUCACUGGCUGGCUAUCUCUGUAACAGAGGGGACGAGUCGCCCUCCUGAGAGACUCGGCCCCAACACUGCAAAUAAGUCUACUUCCUGUCCCUCGAGGCACCCGUGGCCAAAGGUCAGCUGUCUUUACCUUGUUUACUAGUGAAAAACAAGGGAGCAGCAGCUGGUCGUUCUCACCAGGUCAGUGGUGGGACAGGGAGCCAUGGAGGUGGUUUCUGGUGUGGUCGGAGUUGAGGGUUUCGUCUUGUUUUGGGGGGACUGGGGAUGGAACCCAGGGCCUUGCACCUGGUGAGAAAGUGCUGUACCCCUGAGCGACACCCCUGGUCCCCAGAGAGGUUUUUAAAUGAAGAGCCACAAGCACCUCUCCCUACUCACAGGACAUGUGGGGUGAAAAUGGUUCUCGGAGGGAGGAGUCCAGCCAUCUGGGGAAAGAGGUGGUUGUCUCCCGUCCGUGGCUCUCCUCAGGCUAACGCAGUCCCCA